CCUGCCCCUUCCCCGCAACCGGGCAGAGCCCCCCGCCGCCGGCUGCUCCUCCGCGGGGCCGCGCUGCCCUCCGCCGCCCCUUGCACAGAAGCAGGGAGAGAAGGAAGGAAGGAAGGUGGAGGGGAGGGGGCCGCGGCCGCGCCGUCCGGAUGCGGUGACCCCCCCCCAGGCUUCGCCUCCGGGGCCGCACCGACGCGGGAGGGACGAGCGAGGAGCGGCGGCGGCUCGCCGGCUGCCACCAUGGGCUGCUGCACGGGGCGCUGCACGCUCAUCUUCCUCUGCUCGCUGCAGCUGCUGGCAGCAUUAGAGAGACAGAUCUUUGACUUCCUUGGUUUCCAAUGGGCUCCUAUCCUUGGCAAUUUUCUACAAAUAAUAGUUGUCAUUUUGGGUUUGUUUGGAACCAUCCAGUUUAGGCCUCGAUAUAUAGUUGUGUACACGGUGUGGACUGCCCUGUGGGUCACCUGGAAUGUUUUCAUUAUCUGCUUCUAUUUGGAAGUAGGCGGACUUUCUAAGGAAACCGAUCUCAUGACCUUUAACAUCUCAAUGCACCGAUCUUGGUGGCGGGAGCACGGGCCUGGCUGCAUACGAAGGGUGGUGCGUCCUUCUGCUCCUGGUAUCCUAGAUGAUUACUCCUACGUCUCUGUGACAGGCUGCAUAAUUGAUUUCCAGUACCUAGAGGUUAUUCACAGUGCUAUCCAAAUACUCCUCUCCCUGAUUGGAUUUGUGUAUGCCUGUUACGUGAUCAGUAUUUUCAUGGAGGAAGAGGACAGCUUUGAUUUCAUAGGCGGACUUGACACAUACUCCUACCGACAGCCCCCCCAGGAGCAUGUUGAGUUAAAGCCUGUAAAGCCUGUAGGUCGAAGUAAGUAAUGAGCAUUGACUCAAGACUUCUGCUGUUGUAGCUGAAGAAACAGAUUUUAGAAGAAAAGACCAACCUUGUGACUCAUCCUUCUGGAAGAAACCCACCAUCCGUUUCUCACGGCAUGUGGAUUGUUCUUCCCACAGGCUCAGUGUCAUUAUCAGCAUUGUUAUUUGGUAGAUCCUUGUAGAUUAUCUGGAAUUUUUGAAUGAUUUCCUUAUAUGGACACUUGUAAAUUGUAAAUUUUUUAUUUUUUAAUUUUAAUAUUUUUACAACAUUUAGUGUUGAGGCAUGAAAACAAAACCUGUGAAAACUAUGGGAAGGAUGCAUCUUUCUCAAGGAAGACAGUAUUUUUUAAGUGACAGAAUCAUACUGUGCCUGGUCAAGAUUGUGUCAGUAAACAGUGAUUUUGACUCCAAAACAUACAGCACGAGUCAAACCCUAACAGUGUAAAAGAGAUCAUUUCAAUGCUGUGUUAAAAAUCCACAAUGUCCACUCCUUGUAUUUUCUUAACUGCUGUAUGCAGUAGGAAUUGAUCUAUGACUCUUCUUAGCCAGAUGUUCCAGCACUAAUGUACUCAUCUCAUUAUUGCAAUUCAUAUAUGGCUCCUUCUCCUUCCCUAAUCUCUUUUGCCCUGAGCCCAUCAACAAUAGUGUCUCUGAUUUGAGAGGUAGAAUGACCACUCUAUGGAUGUCAGUCUCUAGGAACCUUUAAAUCCAGGGCUCUUUAGGUGUCUGUGUUUUGCACAUUUUUAAACUCUUUUCCUCCCUUCUCCCAGGAAGAAGCCAAGCAUAAAUGUACAGUAUAAGGCACCAACUGCAGCCUUAGAAGCCUCUGGGGACUAACUUUUCUUUUAAUUUAAAAGUAAACAACCAAACCUGAAAAUGUGUAUAAAAAUUUGUAAAGUUAUUUGUAAAUACUUCUAGACAAAGAACAUGUAUGUAACUCUGUGGUAUUUUGUUUUCUAUUCUGUCACCACUAGCAUAAAGUGAUACACAAAAGCUACUUUCUUUGGGCAACUGGUAGUUCUUUUUACCAGAACUUUGUGUUUCUCUCUUCUUAAUUGCUAUUUAAAAUAGUGUGCACAGUUGUAUACACCAGAGAGUUAUGUCUCUUCACAGAGCCUCUGUGCCUCAGCAUCAGCAUAAAUUCAUCAGGGUUUGGGGGCAUUUGCGCUUUCUCAUUUUGUGGUUUCUUUGGUGGGAUUGUCAGGAAGGACAUUCCUUUCAGUAUGUUUAUCUUCACCUCUCAAACAGAAGCUGAAUUAAGGGCCUUCGUAAAUGUCCUAAGUAGUAUUCGGCUGGUAAUUUCUGGUCCAACAGCAUUCAUAUUCUCAGUUUCCAGUCUUCUCUUGAAGGAUGCAUCCCCUGUCUUUUCCAGUCUGAGCAGACGUGAAGUAGAUGAAGGCUUGUCUUCAUUCUUUCCCUUAUAAAGUCUAUUUGUGUUAUUUGUUGAUAUGAACGUAAUGAGGAUGUUAAUAAAUAUAAUAGAGGUAGAGUC